AUUUCGCAUCUCUUUCGUCCAAAAAAAAAAAAAAAAAAAUAUUGAAAGAUACCGCAAGAUAUAUAGUAACCGAAUCAUCGUUUCUCGGUAGCAGAAUGUCAUGGCAUCGGUAGCAGCGGUAAAAGUAUAGCUCCUAACCGCUUUCCCGGCUAUCUAAUCACCUGACAUUGGCAAAGUCCCACAUUUCGUAUUAGAGAAAAGUUUUUCAUAGGCGCAGUUUAUCUAGAAAAGUACGCGCAUAGGCGUCUUGUAGUUUGAACGAACUAAACUUCGAGACUGACGGGAAAACCAUGAUGGAAAAAUUUGGGAAAAGUACACUAAAUUUUAGGAUCGCAAAACCGUCGGGUUUCGAUGUACCCCAUUGAACUCGGAGGGUCGGAUUAAUUUCUUUGAUUAAUUAGACCCCUUUUCCUACGAAAGCCACGAGUAACUAUGUUUCGGAAAAAAAGGGAUCCCCGCUCCGAGCUGAGCAAGGAAUUUCACUUUGUCCUAAUUUGAGUCCGCUUGUAAGAACCGCUCGACGAAUCCAACCCUAACGUCGGCCGACACGGUGCGGCUAAUCUAACUUCCAUAUUUCACCGAAUCCUAGACUAAUCUCGUAGAGAAACUGAAGGAGGAAGAGGAGCAUCAAUUGUGUAUCAUGGGAGAACCGCUGAGAAACUAUCUGGUUAAAUACGUCUUUCCAACAUUGACGCAAGGCCUCAUAAAGGUUGCUGAAUUACGUCCCGACGAUCCGGUUGACUACUUGGCCGAGUAUCUGUUCAAAGAAAAUCCCGAGGGAAAAAUGUUCGAGCCCGACUAUACGGAGACGAUGAGUAUGCUGUUGGCGGCGAUCGAAGAAUUGCAAAAAGAUAUUUUACCAGCGGAUGAGGUCGACGAGGAUACCCGAAAAUACCUCCGAAGAAAUAACGGCGAAAAUGAAGCGAUCGAAAGAGUCGCGAGCGCAGAGGAAUCGCUCCUAAUCGGCUCUUCUUACUGCAGAAUGGACAGGAAAUCGGAAAGCUUGAAAUUCGACGACGCCGCAAGUACGGGGGAAAAAUUAUCCGAGGAAGAAUCGAGCUCGGGUUACGAAAUGCACCAGGAAUAGAGAACUGCGAAAGAUUCGUGACCUCGAGAAGUUUUUUCUCUUUCCAAAGUUGAAAGGAAAGUCUUCUGUGAUCCAGGUAUAGAGUAAAGUACAAAGAAGCAUCUCAUCUCCAUCAAGUUCGUUGUGUGAACGUGAUGUUGAAGUUUAGAAUUUUGUUAAUUCAUUAUCCCGAGUUUCGUAGAUCCAGAGCAAAGUUAUAUAUACGAAAUAAAAGUUUAGCGUAACGUUCAUCCCUCCCAAUAUCAAUUGUAUUUCGUUAAUAAAAAGGAAAACUCAGACGCUGGAUUCGAGUUGAAAUUCGAUCAGUUUUAAAGCUCGCGAUUGAUGACGAUCGGUUGCUUACCUUUUUUGCAACUACGGAAUACCCAUUACUUCUCAUGUAUAUUCGCCGAAAGGAUCGUCCGCUGGAGAUAAAAGUUCGCCGUAAACUCGAUAACGUAAUAAAGGAGUAGGA